AUGGACUACACUCCACCACGCCGACGGCCCUUCCGUCAUCGUCCCCGACAUUCCUUAGUCGACAAUAAUAACAAUUACAUCCCAUCAACCGAAAGCCUUAUUGCUUCUCUAGAAGGUCUUCCUCCUUCCAUGGCGACCACUACAGUCCGCGCAUACACUUCAACAACAACAACAGCCUCAACUUCAACUUCAUCAUCCCGUCGAAGGAAUUUACAUGCAUCCUCCUUCGAUCCGGACUGUCCGUUUUCAUUUCAACCGCCUAAGAAGCGGAAGAUUGAAGAUUACUCGCGUCCUCAGGCCGGGAACAAACUUAUGAAGUUGUCGUUGGCUUAUUGCGAUGGUGGGACUUAUGAGGGUGAGAGGUAUAGAGUUGGCAACAUGUUGGCUGAUGAUGAUAGUGUCUACUGCACCGAACGCUACAGUUGCAACAUCGUCCUACAGCACGAAACAGAACAGCCCUUUACGCUCGAAUACCUGGAAAUCAAAGCCCCACCGCAUGGAUUUACAAGUCCGGUAUCCGAAGGAGUAAUCGCCGUCACAAAUGAAGAUUUCAAUCCCGUGGUAAAGAAAAUCGCUUCUUACGGACGGAUGGUACCCUUGAAAAAGAGCUCGAAAAGGAGAUCUGAAGAGGACUACGAUUCAGUAGAGUUGGCGUAUCUCAACCUGCGGAAUCGGUAUACGGGACGGGAGGAGCUGGAUGAAGAGGAAGAAGCAGACGACUACGCUGAUGGGGAAAGGCUGACAGAGUUUGACAUGGCCAGGUAUAGAGCAGAAGAGGAAGAGGAAGAUAAGGACGAGGAAGAGGAAGAGGGGGAAGGUGGCGAUGAACUGGAAGCAGAGGAAGAAGGCGUUAAUGUAGGAGAUAGUGAUGGGGAGGAAGUUUUGGAAGAUACAGCUAUCGAGGGGGAAAGCGAUGGAGAUGAUGAGACCGUUACACCGGCGACUACUACAGGGUCAAUUCCCUGGCCGCCGGCAGGAAGUCGGAGGCUCAUCGGGGCAGCUGAUCCGGAGGACGAUAACGACGAUGAAUCCGGAAACCAACACGAUUGCCCUUAUGAGGUCGCUGGGGCUGAAGAAGAGGAAGAGGCUGAAGAAGAUGGAGAACCGACAGACGGCGAAAGCUCGGAUUACGAACUGAGAAGGUGGCUUCUAAGGAAUAACACGGAAGAAAGGCGGAGGAGAAGACGCAGAAGAGAGGAAGAGGCAGCGGCAGAAGUGGGGUUUACGGAAAGCGAUGGUGCUAGCCGCGGGGAGGCUUAUAUGCGCUUUCAACUACGGGAUAACAAGGCUUUCAUUGUUUUCAAUCCUCCAAGAUACUGCAAGUAUGCUGUUUUGAAGCUGUGGGGCUCCAAGAUUGAUAAUGUGGACAUUCAAUCGAUCCUAGGCUAUGGAUUCUAUGGAAAGCGGGUAUUUCCGGCAAUUGAAAUGCGAUGA